CGUUCGUUCUGCUCCGGCGGGCGUUGAUCACGUCACGAACGAACAUACCUGCACAGCCAGUCAUCAACGCACGGCGAGAGUGGCGGUUCCAGGAGAGAGGGCUGCGAUGGAACGGGGAACAGAGGGAAGGAUUGGGAAAGGGAAGAGUAGCCACUAGACAACUUUUUCCAUUUUCCAUACGCUAUAAAUGACAUGAAAAUGAACACCCUCAGAAAGCUGUUCUAAACCCACGAAGAUCGUUACGAUGAUAAUAAUUUACUUAACAUUAAUAUUUGCUCCAUUCAAAAUUUCAAGAAUUUAUCAGGGUUCGAGGUUUAGGUGAGGGGAGCGCAGGCACCGUGUACUGGGUAGCAGCACCGUAGGCCGGGAAGGGUGGGGUGGAGGAGGCGGCGCCAACUCGGUACAGGUACUCACCGAUCGAGUUUGAGCGCCACGGGAGCGACUCUACAGGACUUCCAGCAGCCAGCAGCAUGAAGUCCAAAAUCUCAAUAAAGCUAAUCAUCCUAGAUCUCAUGCUUAUGACGCUAUGCGUUUCGGGUGAUCCCUGCAACAUUAUAUGUGGAAGGGAUUACAAUCCUGUCUGCGCAGAAUUCCAAGACACACAAAUGUCCUUCUCCAAUCCGUGCAUGAUGAACUACUACAACUGUCUGAAAGGAACAGGUUUUGUUAUAAUGGACGAUGGAGAAUGUGUCAUUGUGGGUGAUUGACACAUGGUUCACCAACACAAGAAACGCAAUAUUCUUUUUAUUCUGCAAUGAUUUAAACCAAGUUUUUACAGGUGGCAAGGUCAGAUUCUGCUAAUUGGUUCCUUCCAAUACCAAUUUUUCGGCUGACAUCCUGCCAGGUUUCCUGAGCCUGAGCUUCAGCACGCAAGGCUCCAACUUUCAGUACAUUCUCUAGAUACGCAGGUUCAUUAAUCAGUUGAUUAAAUCUUUCUCUGAGAGGGCGAAGUACUUCAAUUAUUUCAUUCGCCAUUGCGAUUUUGUAACUGAAAAACAGAAGAUAGGUAUAAUAAACUGUGUUAUUAUUUACAAACAUAUGAAGUACAGAAAUAAAUAUAAAGAGUGCCA